AUGAACCCAUUCGCGCAAAAGGUGUGGCAUCGAGUGGCUUUGGUAUCGGAACUGCCCAAUCUCGAUGAUGAAAAAAUCGCCUCCCGAUGCAAAGCCUUCAGGGUCGUGGUCGGCCAGUCUCCGGUCGAGGCAGAUCUGGACGUACCAGGGGAUCUGAAAGACCAAGUAAUGGUCUUCAAAUAUAAGGAUAAGGUCCACGCAAUAGACCAUGUAAGCCACCAGAAGCGCCUCGAAGACGAAGCUGACCCCAAAAAGCAAUGUCCUCACUCUGCAUUCCCUCUGUCGCAGGGCAGCCUCUUCGACAUUGAGGACUUUGGCAUUACCCUGAGCACUGGCAUCACCUGUCCCAAACACAAUUGGUCCUUUGACAUCAUCUCUGGACAUGCUGAUCGUGGCAACUACCGUCUAAAGGUCUGGGAGGUACAGCUACGUGACUGUGAAGGUACCGACAAGGAAGUGUGGGUGAGACGCAAGCAACGAAUCGGUUGA